GAAUGGCGGAAAAGAUAGGACAUAGGGGACGAGAGUCGCGAGACGCGAAUUUAGAGAGAGAGAGAGAGAGAGAGGGAUGGCAGAAGAGGGUUCGAAGGUCUUAUGGAACGAAAGCCAAAGGAGGUUCGAAACAGAGGACAAGGAAGCUUACCUACAGUACGAGCUGAGAAAUGGCGGGGAAGUGAUGAACAUCCUUCACACCUUCGUUCCAUCCAGCAAGAGAGGCCAAGGCCUUGCUUCACGUCUCUGUAUUGCAGCCCUCAACCACGCGAAAGCCCAUUCCAUGUCUGUUAUCCCAACCUGCUCUUACGUUUCUGUCACAUUUCUUACUCAGAACCCUUCAUGGAAUUCAAUCAUAUACACAGAGAAUGUCAGGUCUAGUAUAUGAGGUUGCUUUUCUGCCCUACCAGCAUGAAGAUUGGUAGCGAUAAAUAAAUUUUCCAGAAAGCUGACUUUCCCUAAUAAACUGUAGUUAUGCCUCGUCAUUUCUAAUCCUAUCAAAUACCCAUUUCACCUCUUUCACAUAAGAUGAAUGCACAUUUAUAUGACUUAAAAAAGGCCGAAGGACCAUGCAGAUAUUGCAAUAAAUGCAUUUUCAAAUC